AUGAGAUGGAGACUACCAUUCAAGUAUACCCGCGCACAACUUGAAGUGUUCAGAUUCGGGUUCUGUCUUUUGGCACCUGUUGCUGUGAUGUACUAUAUCGGUACAGAUACCGAUAAAAAGCUAAACGUUCCAGGGUUUUGGCCAGAUCCAGAGACUUUAAAUAAGAUCCCUAAGGAACCAUACGAGAUCAAAGCAGAGUUGGCAAGGAUGAAGAAGGAGAGACUCGAAAAGAGACUGAGAUUAGAGAAGAAGAUUGCUGAAGAAUUCGGAAUUGAUAUCGAAGCAGAGAAGGAAAAAAUUAGACAAGAAGAGCUGGCUCUUAAAGCAGCACAAGAACCAGUAAAAGAAGAGGAACAAGAACAAGGAUUGGCCUUGGAUAAACCUGCUUCUUCAGAAUAA